CCUGGAAUGAAUUACACGGAGCGCCUGGCGACCUUCCAAGGCUUUUGGGACGAGGACGACGACACAGCCCGGCAGCUCGCAGCUAGCGGACAUGUGUACGACCGACCGCCGUUGGAGGCUCUGGAGCAAGGAUCCAGAUGUAUCAUCUGUGGCCAGUUUGUCCGUCGCGAUUCCAGCAUUGUUGCGCUUAGUUCCACGCCGGGGUUUGAGACAACAUUGUGGGAGAAUUACCACGCCAGCUCCUCCAAGAACUUCACUUUCCAUCAUCCAAGAUGUCCAAUGGAGCAAUGUCGAAUGCCUCUGGAGCCUCGGGCAACGAUGCCAGGCUUUUAUGGUGACAGAGGGACUAAGGCGCUACCGAGACAAUGGUACCGCAGAAAAGAUCGGCUACCGUCCAGCUUUGAUCCGCCGACCAAGCGUCAGGCCAGCCCAUUCUUCGCAUUGCCGGUGGAGCUUCGCUUGACGAUAUACACGAUGGUGCUGCCACAGCUUGGGAAUGCUGCGAACGUACCCUGGUCCGAGCGUGUCACGGAGAUUAACAUCCUUCGCACAUGUGCUCAGAUCCGUAAUGAGGCGUUAGAUGUGCUCUAUACUGGACAUACCUUCAAGUUCGCCAAUUGCAAGACGCUCUACAUGUUUUUGAGAAACAUUGGCAAGAACGGACGUGAUCUACUGCAAGCUGUUGACACCUACUGCCGAAGCAGGGAAGAUAGCAUUACGUUCUCUCUACUUGCGUCGUGUCCGAGAUUGCGCACGAUUACCAUUAGGUACCCUUACCCAAGGCUGUUGAUACCGGGAGCGCCGAU